AAGGCAUCAACACCACAAUUACACCUCAUUUCUCUACAACCUAUUCCAAGUCUUCUUUACCAAACUCUCUAGCACAGUCCUAUGGCAACCACCAUCAAAAAGACCCUUAAGACUCUCCUCAGUGGUGAGGUUGAGAACAACCCAUUAACCAUGACUGAUGACCAGAUUUUAGACCAAAUUUACUCAACACAUGUUCACAGUGACACCAAAUUCGACGCUGCUUCUCUUUUCACCCUUGCUCACAACACCCUUUCACGUUCCACACGCAUUGUUGACACUGUUGUUCAGGGUACCAAACUAACCUUGGAGCACUCUGAUGACAAGUCCCUUAUCCCCAACUUUAGUUCACCACUCUGCACUCUCAAGCAGAUUUCUUCUGAGUUGGCAUGCAAGCCACCAAGUGAAGAAAUUGCUCACAAAACAACAAUGGCCAUCCUGAACAAGCUCUCUCAUUAUGACUGGGAAGCAAAAGCGAUUCUGACACUGUCAGCAUUUGCACUUGAAUUUGGUGAAAUCUGGUUACUUGAGCAAUACCUACCAACGGAUCCACUUGCUAAAUCUGUUGCUUUGCUGAAACGAGUUCCGUUUCUCACAAAGCAUGCAGCGAUACAAAAGCAUCGCCAAGCCAUCAUUGAGCUUAACAGUUUGGUGAAAAUUACGGUGCAGGUGGUAGAGUUUAUACUGGAAUUGGAUAAUCUUCAUGAUAGGUAUGGUGCAAAGGUUGUUCCUGCUUUGGAGGUUGCCGUUGAAGAAAUUCCUGUUGAUGUUUACUGGGCUAUUAUCACUAUAGCUGCCAUUGUUACUCAGUUAGAUUGCCUCAUCACUGAAUCGGAGCACAAGCAAGAACUUUCCCACUAUGGACAAAAGAUCAACAUCAUUCUCAGCAGAUUAAGGAAGCAUAUCACUCUCGCUAGACAGCAAAUUGAUGCCGCAAAGUAUAUCCAACAAGUUAAGAAACUUUUGCAAACUCCAACUGAAAUAACAGUGCUGCUCUCGCAUCUGUUUUUUCCCAGCGGUGUUCCACAGUUGCUUUACGAUGGUGCUACCAAAACCACGAUUGACAUCAAUGUUGUGCUAAAAAAGAAGAACGUGUACCUUUUCAUUUCAACUCUAGAUGUCACAGAAGAAGAAAUUUCAGCUGUAAGAACAGUGCAUGAAUCUAUCAAAACAAACGAGCAAUACAAGAUUGUUUGGGUCCCGAUUGUGGAGGGAUGGACCGAGCAAUUACGCAAGAAAUUUGAAGUUUUGAAGAGUAAGAUGUCAUGGUAUGUGGUGCACAACAUUGAAAACAUUGCAGGGUUUAAGUUCAUUACUGAAGAAUGGGAGUUCAAAAAUAAGACUAUGUUUGUGGUGCUUAGCCCUCAAGGAAAAAUUCAUCACACAAAUGCUUUUCAUUUGAUCAAAGCUUAUGGAAUCAAAGCUUUCCCUUUUACUUUUGAGGAUGAAAAGAAAAUUCAAGAUGAAAAGAAUUGGAUUGGAUCCGUUGUAGGCAACAUUAGCCGCGACGUAACCUCAUGGACGGAACAAGGGAAAUAUAUUUUCUUCUACGGAGGACACGACAAAGAAUGGAUCCAACAAUUCACUAAGUAUGCAAAUGUUCUUUCCAACGACGCAGCUAUAAGAGAGGCAAAAAUUUCCAUCGAACUAUUUUAUGUGGACAAGGAUGACAAAAACCUCAUAAGUCGUUUUUGGAGUGGAAUUGAGAGUCUCUUUGUGACUAAAAUUCACAAAACAACCGAUGUAGUUACUCAAGAAGUUCAAAAGAUGCUGUCAUACAAAAACGAAACUGGUUGGGCACUCCUUAGCAAAGGACCAUCUGUGGUAUUGAGUGGUCAUGGUACAACAAUUCUCAAAACUGUGGCUGAGUAUGAGAAAUGGAAGGAGGUUGCAAUUAAGAAAGGAUUUGGGCUUGCCUUUUCGGAGUAUCACACAAGUGUUGCUCGUAUCACUCAUCGUUGUUCUCAUCUUGAAAUUCCUAUUGUUGCGGGAAAGUUACCUGAGACUAUCAAGUGUCCUGAUUGUCCAAGUACUAUGGAGAUUUUCAUUAGCUACAAGUGCUGCCACAAUAAGACCAGUGCAAAUGGGAAACAUUAAUUCAAUGUGGUUUUGAGUCUUUUGUUUGUUGUUGGUUGUUGUUGUUUGAUGUCAUGAAUAAGAGUGUGGAAGUAGUUGGAGAUCUUUCCGGUUACAAGGCACACCAUUUGUGUUUUUGUUAUGUUUUCUAUGUAGUUUGGUUUUUCGUAAUCUAGAAGCUUUGUACUUCAACUAAGCUUCAGUUUGUGUUUGCAAUGUUUACUAUCUUUGAAUUAAUGGAAAAUUUUAUGUUGUGUUUUUGUUA